GGUGAAAUUAGGACGUUGUAGAACACGGAUUGUCGAAGCUAUCUCCUCUUCUUACUCGUAGUUAAAGAACUUUAAACCCUACUUUAAUUUGAAACAAUAUGCCUUUGACUGAGCCACAACGGAUAAGACAGGAGUGAAGAGACCUCCCCGCCCCUAACAGUCACACUUGGACAAACCCAUCAUGUUGGUGACAGCCUACCUGGCCAUGGUGGUCCUACUGGUGCUAUGUGUCUGUCUGGAGCUAACGGCACGUCGCCUCACCCCACCUCAACCCACCCCCUCUGCCAUGGGCACCAACCCUGCCUUCCGUAGGUUCCAGACCUUGUUCCUCCGAGGCUACCUCUUAGCCUUGUCGGCUGACUGGCUGCAGGGGCCAUACCUCUACAAGCUCUACCGCCAUUACAGCUUCCUGGAGUCCCAGAUAGCCAUCCUGUAUGUCGUUGGCCUGGCCUCCUGUGUGCUGUUUGCCCCCGUGGCUAGCUGGCUUCCUCAGGUCCUGGGGCGGAGACGGACCUGCCUGCUCUUCUGCGUGGCCUACUCAGCCUGUUGCUUCACCAAGCUGUCCCGUGACUACUUUGUCCUGAUCCUGGGUCGCGUGCUAGGAGGCCUGUCCACCUCUUUGCUCUCCACAGCCUUCCAGGCCUGGUACGUGCACCGACAUGUUGACGUCCACGACUUCCCUAAAGAAUGGAUCCCCAGUACCUUCACCAAGGCUGCUAGCUGGAACCACGGGCUAGCGGUGGGGGCUGGGCUGGUGGCUAACAUGCUGGCUGAGUGGCUCCACCUGGGGCCUGUGGCGCCCUUCCUCCUGGCCGUGCCCUGCCUUGGGGCCUGUGGCUGGGUGGUGCUGACUGAUUGGGGCCUGGAGGAGAAGGAUGGAAGCCUGGAAGGGGACAACAAGAAGCCCUUGCUCGGUCCUUCUAGUUCAGCACCUCUGGCCCGGGCUUCUGCGCGGGCCCGGUUCUGGCGCAGCUGUCAGGAAAGCCUCCACUGUCUCUUAUCAGACAGACGGGUGAUGCUGCUAGGAGGAGUCCAGGCUCUAUUUGAGAGUGUCCUCUAUAUAUUCAUCUUCCUGUGGACCCCCGUCCUGGACCCCUACGGCCCUCCACUGGGCAUGGUCUUCUCCUGUCUGAUGGCAGCCAGUAUGGCGGGGUCCCUGCUCUACCGCCUGGCCACCUCCACCCGCUACCGCCUCCAGCCUGGUCACCUCCUCUGCUUCUCCAUACUGCUCGCCUUUUUCUCCUUCUUCAUGCUCAUCUUCUCCACCGCCCCGGGCCAGCCCAGACCCCGCGAGUCCCUGCUGGCCUUCCUGAUGCUGGAGCUAGCCAGUGGCCUCUACUUCCCCGCUGUCAGCUUCCUCCAGGGGAGGGUGAUCCCAGAGGAGAAGAGGGCCGGAGUGCUGGCCUGGUUCAGGCUGCCCCUUCACCUGACGGCCUGCCUGGGGCUGCUGGCGCUCCACAGGGAGGUGUCGGGGACCGGAGGGGGCGAGGGAGGUAGUGGAACGAGGCAUAUGUUAGGUGGUUGUGCUGUUUUGAUGCUAGCUGCACUCUUGGCUGUGGUCAGUCUCUUUACACUGGGAAGGAACGAUGUGGAUCUCAGACUGGAUGGGCCCAAAGGAGAGGGAGAUAUAUGACAUUUAGAUUCAUAAAACUGAACUGUCCCAACAUUGGGCAAUGCCAUGGUGGAGAAGGCUUUGUUUACAGCGAUGAAGACUUGUUUGGGAACUGAACAACUUUUGUAUGACUGAAAACUGAAGCUUAAUCAACAUAGGAGUUACUAAUAUAAGACAAUGAUUUAAAAUAAUCUGGUGUUGGUAAGGUAUAUAUUUUUUGUUGCAAGAUUUCCUGAUAUUUAUUUGUUUUAAUUUUGUUAAGACUAGCAAAUAUCUUAUUAGAUUGUUGAGUAUAUGAAGAAAAUGAGUUUAUUUGGAUUUACUAUGUGGCAGUCUGCAUCUUCUCAAGGGGUUGGGUUAAAUGCAGAAGAAACACUUUGGUUGAAUGCAUUAAGUUGUGCAACUGACUUAUUUCUUUAAACA